GGGGCCGCGGCCGCCGACCUUCUGCUCGGGCUGCGGCCGCCUCGCCGCGCCGCGCCCCGCGCCUGCGCCUCCCGGGGCGGGGAGGGGGCUGCGCGCCCCCCGCAGGUCCCCGCGAUCCCUAGCGCGCUCGCUCAGGGGGCGACGGGGACUCCAGGGUCCCCUGCCCCGCGCCUUCCUCUUUCUUUGGGCCAAAUUCCUGCAGCCCCAGCUUCUCCCCCUUCCCAUACUGUCAACGCUCUCGUGGCGCUGGGGGGGCUUCUCAGAUCGGCAGGAUGUACCCCCAAGGAAGGCACCCGACCCCGCUUCAGUCCGGCCAGCCCUUUAAGUUCUCGAUCUUGGAGAUCUGCGACCGCAUUAAAGAAGAAUUCCAGUUUCUUCAGGCUCAGUACCACAGUCUCAAGCUAGAAUGUGAGAAGCUGGCGAGUGAGAAAACGGAGAUGCAGAGACACUAUGUCAUGUACUAUGAGAUGUCCUACGGGCUCAACAUCGAAAUGCACAAGCAGGCUGAAAUUGUAAAACGACUCAGCGGGAUCUGUGCUCAAAUUAUCCCUUUCCUCACCCAGGAGCACCAGCAGCAGGUGCUCCAGGCGGUGGAGCGAGCCAAGCAAGUGACCGUGGGGGAGCUGAACAGCCUCAUUGGGCAGCAGCAGCUCCAGCCACUAUCACACCACGCCCCCCCUGUGCCCCUCACCCCUCGCCCGGCUGGGCUGGUGGGCAGCAGUGCCACCGGGCUGCUCGCCCUGUCUGGAGCACUGGCUGCGCAGGCCCAGCUAGCAGCAGCUUCAAAGGAGGAUCGCACAGGUGUAGAGGCCGAGGGGUCCAGAGGUGAGCUGAGCCUGAGCAGGAGUGCAUCCCCCUCGCCCCCUGAGAGUCUGGUGGAGGAGGAGCAGCGGCCCAGUGGCCCAGGAGGCAACGGGAAGCAGAGAGCAGAGGACAAGGAACUGUCAGGACCUUAUGAAAGUGACGAGGACAAGAGCGACUACAACCUGGUGGUGGAUGAGGACCAGCCCUCGGAGCCCCCAAGCCCGGCUCCCACACCCUGUGGAAAGACACCCAUCUGUGUCCCUGCCCGGAGGGAUGUCGUGGAUAGUCCAGCCUCCUUGGCUUCCAGCCUGGGUUCACCGCUCCCCAGAGGCAAGGAGCUUGUCCUGAACGACCUUCCUGCUGGCACUCCAGCCUCGAAGUCCUGUGACUCCUCCCCGCCCCAGGAUGCAUCCACCCCCGGGCCCAGUUCAGCCAGUCACCUGUGUCAGCUGGUGGCCAAGCCAGCGCCGUCCACGGACAGCAUCGCUCUGAGGAGCCCCCUGACUCUGUCCAGCCCCUUCACCACAUCCUUCAGCCUGGGCUCCCACAGCACCCUCAAUGGGGACCUCUCUAUGCCCAGCUCCUACGUCAGUCUCCACCUGUCCCCCCAGGUCAGCAGCUCUGUGGUGUAUGGACGCUCCCCCAUGAUAGCAUUUGAAUCCCACCCCCAUCUCCGAGGGUCGUCCAUCUCCUCCUCCCUGCCCAGCAUCCCCGGGGGAAAGCCGGCCUACUCCUUCCACGUGUCCGCCGAUGGCCAGAUGCAGCCGGUGCCCUUCCCCUCGGAUGCCCUGGUGGGCGCGGGCAUCCCGCGACACGCGCGGCAGGUGCACACGCUGGCGCACGGCGAGGUGGUCUGCGCCGUCACCAUCAGCGGCUCCACGCAGCACGUGUACACGGGCGGCAAGGGCUGCGUGAAGGUGUGGGACGUGGGCCAGCCCGGCACCAAGACGCCUGUGGCGCAGCUGGACUGCCUGAACCGGGACAACUACAUUCGCUCGUGCAAGCUGCUGCCGGAUGGCCGGAGUCUGAUCGUGGGUGGCGAGGCCAGCACGUUGUCCAUUUGGGACCUGGCAGCGCCCACUCCCCGCAUCAAGGCUGAGCUGACCUCCUCGGCUCCAGCCUGCUAUGCUCUGGCGGUCAGCCCCGACGCCAAGGUCUGCUUCUCCUGCUGCAGCGACGGCAACAUCGUGGUGUGGGACCUGCAGAACCAGACCAUGGUCAGGCAGUUCCAGGGCCACACGGAUGGGGCGAGUUGCAUCGACAUAUCUGACUAUGGCACUCGGCUGUGGACAGGGGGCCUGGACAACACCGUUCGCUGCUGGGACCUGCGGGAGGGCCGCCAGCUGCAGCAGCACGACUUCAGCUCCCAGAUUUUCUCCCUGGGCCACUGCCCCAACCAGGACUGGCUGGCUGUAGGCAUGGAGAGCAGCAACGUGGAGAUCCUGCACGUGCGCAAGCCGGAAAAGUACCAGCUGCACCUCCACGAAAGCUGUGUGCUCUCGCUCAAGUUCGCCUCCUGCGGGCGCUGGUUUGUGAGCACAGGCAAGGACAAUCUUCUCAACGCCUGGAGGACUCCAUAUGGGGCCAGCAUCUUCCAGUCCAAGGAGUCCUCCUCUGUUUUGAGCUGUGACAUCUCCAAGAAUAACAAAUACAUCGUGACAGGCUCCGGGGACAAGAAAGCCACAGUCUACGAGGUGGUCUACUGAGGCUGCCACCUCCUGUGCCCCUGUGUGGCCAUGUGGGAGUGGCUUUCAGGACAGACCUCCAGGUCCCCUCUCCGGCCCCUUCAGCUGUCAGGCUCCUUCAGUGCUGGGGGGGGGCUGCUGGGCAGGAGCCCGGGAAUAAACACUUGCCAC